AUGGAUUACAGAUUCCCAACUGACCCAGAUAUCAAAAAGAAAUGGAUAAUCGCAACGGGUAGGCCAAUCACAGAUUGGUCUCCUCAGAAGACUAGUACAAUUUGUUCAAAGCACUUUGAAAGUCACAUUAUUUAUUUGUCUGGAAAAAGCCGCCGAGUACCUGAUGAUGCUGUACCUACUUUGAACUUGCCGGGACAUACGUCAGAAAUUGAAGAUACAGAAGAGAAAUGCACCGACAGUGAAGACGAUCGUACAAGCGGAGAAUCACCAAAAUAUCAUUUAAGGAAAAUGCAAUCGGCCCUCGACAGAGCAAAUAAAUUAAUACGCAAGCAAACGUUACUUAUAAAAAGACUAAGAGAACAAAACAGACGUGACUCAAAAAAGAUUAACUUACAAAACAAGGUAUUAAACGAUUUAAUGGAAAUAUUUGAAUUAAAUAACGAAGAUAUUGCUGUGUUGCGGACAGAAAUUUUGAAAUCAGAAGUGUCUGAUUCGCUGUGAAUAUUGUUUAAUGUUUGUUUACACAUGGUCGACAGUGACAAUCUACCUAGUGUAGUAUAGUCUACGGUAGUUCGCUGCCGAAUUCGAGUCGACUAGGUGUAAUAAUGUAGUCAUGUUGAGCGACUCGAUCGCCUUCAGCAAGCAACAGUCGAUCAAACAAGUUUCGACGU